AGGUCAGAAAGUGUCGUCCAAAUAAGACAAAAAAGUGGGGGUAUUUUUUAUUUUUAUUUAUUUUUUCUCAAGUUGAUUCCUCAGUGAAAUGGGAUGCGGGGCAUCUCACGACGGGGAUGCGUCGAGUGUGCACGCAGACCCUGGCACCCCUGUCGUCAAGCGGAUCGUCGGCGAGGAGCGUCGUGGCUCGUCAACGUCAUCGGCAUCCUCGUCGUCGGCAUCAGCCAGGGCCAAAAGGGAGCUCAGUGCAGCCCGGGAUCUGCUGGAUCAGGAACCCGGGAGCGAAGCAGAACCAGAGCCCGAAUGGGCUCAGCAGGAUCAGCUCAAGGGCGAAGAGGCUGAGGAAUCAGAAGUCGUGCAGACCGCCAGAGUGAAAACAGCUCCGCCAAAGCGCAUUUCUGCCACAGAACCUCCAAUAUUUUUCAUCGUCGGUGGCCCUGGAUCAGGAAAAGGCACCCAAUGUCAAAAACUGAAAGAAAAGUACAACUUAAUGCACGUGUCGACUGGGGAAAUCCUGAGAAACGAAGUUGCCACUGGCUCAGAUCUUGGAAAAACAAUCGACCUUCACAUGAGAUCGGGCUCAUUGAUUUCAACGGAUAUUGUGAUGAGCCUCUUGAAGAAAACCUUGGACGAUAACCCGAGAGCCGAAGGUUUCUUAAUUGACGGCUUCCCGAGAGACGUUCAGCAAAUCGAGCUCUUCGAAAGUCAGAUCCGUCCAGUGGAUCUAAUCAUCUAUCUCGAAGCCCCAGACGAGAAAAACGACUCAUCACUUUCCACGAACACACCGAACCCAUCGAAACAGCGUACAAAAGGCGUGUGCACAAGGUACCCAUAUAGAACCCAGAUUCAUCACCCACACAGCAAACAUUAUGAAUAAAACACUUCCAUCAUCAACAGAUUGAUUGCAGCGGACAUUCCGACACGGUUUUCGCAAACAUUUCCAGCCUUGUCGCAGGAAUCAUGUACAGCUAAAGAAGAAUUCUCAUCGAUAUGAAGGGAUAAAUAACGAGACAAUUGUCGAUAAUUCAUGUUUUAAUUGAUUGCAAAUGUUUUUUUUUUCAAAUGCCACUUUCGAGACACCUGUGAAAGCAAAGCCGAAGUAUUACUCAAGAAAAUUCGCCGAAAGAAAAUACAAACUUCCACACAAAAAAAA